AAACCCUCAACGCAUUGAUGGAACUGUAGGCUUUCUUAGAGCGAAAGUCCGACCGCCAUUUUCAAUAAUUAACCUAAAUUGUGUCUUUCCAAACCAAUUUCAAUAACUUCUAGGGUUCCGAUAGUCGGAGGAUAAGUGGCAAUUGAAUUGAUAUUCCUAAUCAAAUCAAAAGAAAGAAAAAGGUUAUAAAAGCCCUUUUUCCUUCAAGUUUACAUUCAGUAAAAAAUGGAGGUAGUAAUGGCGUCAUCUUCCAUGGAUGGAACAGUAGGUUGCUGGGACAUACAUACUGGCGCCGAACAACUCCGUUACAAAUCGUGCUUAUCUCCUUCUCACGGUCUUAUCUCCAUUGCUGGUCGCUUCUUAGCUUCUUCUCAGAUUCGUGAAUCUUCCACUUCUGGUUCCGUUCUUUAUUGGUCAUGGCACAAGCCUCAACCUGAAGUCAAGAGUUUUCCAGCAGAGCCGAUUAAACCCUUGGUUUCUAAUCGUGAGGGUACUUACCUCUUCGGAGGUGGUUCUUCUGGCCAUAUUUAUCUUUGGGAGGUUUUUACUGGUAGAUUACUGAAGAAAUGGCAUGCACAUUAUGGGGCAGUUUCCUGUUUGGCAUUGUCAGAUGAUGAAUCCCUGGUUAUUUCUGGUGCCGAAGAUGGAGGUGUUAGAGUUUGGUCGCUCUUCAUGAUGUUUGAUGAUGUCAGAAGAAAGGAAGCUAGGCAUGAUUUUGUGUAUAGUUUUCGGGAUCAUACUUUACGUGUUACAAAUGUCAAAUCAGGUCAUGGUGGAUCUAAUGCUGUCAUUAUUUCUGCUUCAGAGGAUCAAACUUGUAAGGUGUGGAGUUUAGCAACAGGAAGAUUGUUGCGUAAUGUUAUAUUCCCAUCUGUUAUUGAUGCUAUUGCAAUUGACGUUGGCGAAUAUGCCUUUUAUGCUGGGGGGAGAGAUGGCAAGAUAUACAUAGCUGCACUUAAUGCUGUAACUACAUGUAGUGCUGACUAUGGGAAGCACAUUAUUGGUCUAUUACCUGAUUCAAGCAGUAGGGCUGUUACCUCUCUAGCCUUUUGUGCUGAUGGAAUCUCAUUGGUUUCUGGAUCAGAGGACGGCAAGAUUCGUAUAUGGGAUACAAGAACUCGUAAUAUUGUUCGCAUGUUUAGACAUUCUAAAGGUCCAGUGACCAACAUUUUGGUUACUAGUCUCCCAGAAAGUGCAUCAAGGUCUCAAGCUACAUCUGCAAGGAAAACCUCAAUAUUGCCUCCCCCACUUGAAAAAUAUGCUAAUUCAAACGAGGAACCUGUGGGGACGAAGGCUUUUAUUGGCAGUGACAUCUCUUCUCAUCCAGUCGGUGUUUCUUACCUCAUUGAAGAUGUGUUGAACAACCAAAUUAAAGAUAUGCAGCAACAAGGCUCUACUACUGCAGCAGAAAUGGAAGUCGAACGACUGAAGCUGGACUGCAAGAGGGCAAUGCAAAUGGUUCAGCAAUGGAAGAAAAUGUACGACAAUUUGCAUCAGUUCUGUGUAAACGAGCUUGUGGACGACAGUCGAGCUAAGCACAGUGAUGUAAAUUCUGGUUGAGAUUACAGAGUGGUGAAGUUUGUCGCUGUAAGAAUGAACACUCGUGAUAAUUUGCACAAAAACGUUUGUGAACGACACAGUCGAUUGACUGCUGUUAAUCACAAUAUUUGUUUCAGCAGCUUCCAAGUUUUGUUAGCCAUGGUGUCACAUGAUUUGUUGAUCUCUUCACGAAUCAAAAAAGCUAAUUAAGGUCGGUUUUGGCCAUUUUUGGGCUAUUUUUGGCAAAUUGCAAAUUUAGUAAGCGAAUUAAUUGGCAUGUUACACUGGUUGUCAAUUUUUUGUAGGUAAGCUUUUGAUUUAAUGUUGAGAUAUCAUUUAAUUGAUACUGAUAAUUUGUGCUGGUCUAUAUUACCUCAUUGCUAUA